UUUUUGUUGUUGAAUAAUUUAAUCAGUUUUUAGGAACGAACAACCUCCUCCAUUUCCAGAUAAAUUAUUAUUCAGCCAAGCAAAAAACACAACAUCCCUUGUUUCCUCUUCUUCUUGUUUUCUUUUUCUUUCUUUUUGCUAAAAAACUCACACACGCAGAAGAAGAAGACGAAGACAAAGUCAGAGAGUUGAGUUUGGACUGAUUGAUUGAUUUGUUAUUAAGGGCUGGUGUUUGUCUGAUCAUCUGCAGCGAGCUGAUAGUAUUAUUAUUAUGUCUCUUUUUGGAAAUGUCUCUGCCAUUAACCUAACUGGAAACUGUCUGCUAUCAAUCACUAGUUCCAGAGAUGUUUUGUCAUUUCGGCACGGUGAUACUAUGGGUUAUCGCUUGCAAUCCCCCCCUUCUUUUAUUACCAAAACUAACAAAAAUGUCUCCCCUUUGAAGGUAGUUUGUGUCGACUAUCCAAGACCAGACCUCGAUAACACCUCUAAUUUCUUGGAAGCUGCUUAUUUGUCUUCUACCUUCCGAGCUUCUCCACGCCCACCUAAGCCAUUGAAGGUUGUAAUUGCUGGUGCAGGUCUCGCUGGUUUAUCAACUGCAAAGUACUUGGCUGAUGCCGGUCACAAGCCAAUUUUGCUAGAAGCAAGAGAUGUUCUUGGUGGAAAGGUAGCUGCCUGGAAAGAUGAUGAUGGAGAUUGGUACGAGACUGGUUUACACAUAUUUUUUGGAGCUUACCCGAAUAUACAGAAUCUGUUUGGAGAGUUAGGCAUUAAUGAUAGAUUGCAGUGGAAGGAGCAUUCAAUGAUAUUUGCGAUGCCAAACAAACCUGGAGAAUUUAGUCGGUUUGAUUUCCCAGAUGUUCUGCCGGCACCAUUGAAUGGAAUUUGGGCUAUCUUGAGGAACAAUGAAAUGCUGACAUGGCCUGAGAAAGUAAAAUUUGCUAUCGGGCUCUUGCCUGCAAUGUUAGGUGGACAGGCUUAUGUUGAGGCACAAGAUGGUCUGAGUGUUCAAGACUGGAUGAGACAACGGGGCAUACCAGAUCGAGUUACUACAGAGGUGUUUAUUGCCAUGUCAAAGGCAUUAAACUUCAUCAAUCCAGAUGAACUUUCAAUGCAAUGUAUUCUGAUUGCUCUGAACCGAUUUCUUCAGGAGAAGCAUGGUUCUAAGAUGGCAUUUUUAGAUGGCAGCCCACCUGAAAGACUUUGCAUGCCAAUUGUUGAGCAUAUUGAGUCACUAGGUGGCCAAGUCAGGCUUAAUUCACGAAUACAAAAGAUCGAGUUGAACAAAGAUGGAACAGUUAGGAACUUUUUACUUUAUGAUGGAAAUAUUAUUGAAGGUGAUGCUUAUGUAUUUGCUACUCCAGUUGAUAUUCUGAAGCUUCUGUUGCCUGAAGAUUGGAAAGCAAUUCCUUACUUCAAGAAGUUGGAUAAAUUAGUUGGUGUCCCAGUUAUAAACGUUCAUAUAUGGUUUGACAGGAAACUCAAAAACACCUAUGAUCACCUACUCUUCAGCAGGAGCCCUCUUCUCAGUGUAUAUGCCGACAUGUCUGUAACAUGCAAGGAAUACUAUGAUCCUAACCGGUCCAUGUUAGAGUUGGUUUUUGCACCUGCAGAAGAAUGGAUUUCACGCAGUGACUCUGAUAUUAUUGACGCUACGAUGAGUGAACUUUCAAGACUAUUUCCGGAUGAAAUUGCAGCAGAUCAGAGCAAAGCAAAAAUAUUGAAAUACCAUGUAGUUAAAACCCCAAGGUCAGUUUACAAAACUGUACCUGACUGUGAACCUUGCCGUCCAUUACAAAGAUCUCCAUUAGAGGGAUUCUAUUUAGCUGGCGACUACACGAAACAAAAGUAUCUGGCUUCAAUGGAGGGUGCUGUUCUAUCAGGAAAAUUUUGCGCCCAAGCGAUUGUAAAGGAUUAUGAGUUGCUUGCUGCCAGGAGGGAAGUGGUUGCUGAGGCAAGCCUUGUCUAACUGUAUAGAUGCAAGAUAACUUGGUAAGUUAAAAAUCAGUUGAAGACAAGAGCACGUGGUUCUUUGCAUAUUUGACUUUUUAUGGUCCUUGGCUGAAGUGGUAGGCUUAAGGAGGUGGCAGAAUUUCUGGGAGGAGCUUUUACAAGUUCAGAAGAAGCUAAACAUAAAUACACCCAUAGCAAUUCAUUGUUCUAACUGAAACUUAUUUCAUAUUUGUCAAAGAAAAAAAUACAUAUUCCUGUUAUGUACAUAGUUGGUUAUUUUCCCUUGUUUUAUACGUCAUGUGUGGCAUCGAAUCUAUUGAUUAUCUAUACGUAUUAUAUGUGGCAUGUUUUUUUUUAA